GCUGGGCCAUAGCCCGUGGCCAUGGCCUUCACCGACCUGCUGGACAGCCUGGGUGGUGUGGGGCGGUUCCAGCUGGUCUAUACUGCCCUGCUGCUCCUGCCCUGCAGCCUGCUGGCGUGUCACAACUUCCUGCAGAAUUUUACGGCCGCUGUGCCCGGCCACCACUGCCGGGGCUCUGCCAACGACACCAUGGCCGCCACCAACCACUCGGGGGCCUGGCUGAGGGCCACCGUACCCCUGGACCAGCUCGGGGCCCCCGAACCAUGCCGGCGCUUCACAGAGCCUCAGUGGGCCCUCCUGAGCCCCAACACCUCUGUCCACGGGGCAGCCACGGAGGGCUGCAAGGACGGCUGGGUCUAUGACCUCAGCACAUUCCCAGCCACCAUCGUGACCGAGUGGGAUCUGGUGUGUGAGGCCCGCCCCCUCCGCGACCUAGCUCAGUCCAUCUACAUGGCCGGGGUGCUGGUGGGCGCCGCCGUAUUUGGCAUCCUCGCGGACAGGCUGGGCCGCAAGGGCCCCCUGGUCUGGUCGUACCUGCAGCUGGCAGUUUCCGGGGCCGCCACCGCCUACUUCGGCUCCUUCGGUGCCUACUGCGUCUUCCGGUUCCUGAUGGGCAUGACCUUCUCUGGAAUCAUCCUCAACUCCCUCUCUCUGGUCGUGGAGUGGAUACCCACCCGGGGCCGGACCGUGGCGGGUGUCUUGCUGGGGUACUCCUUUACCCUGGGUCAGCUCAUCCUGGCUGGAGUGGCAUACCUGAUCCGCCCCUGGCGGUGGCUGCAGUUUGCUGUCUCUGUUCCAUUCCUCAUCUUCUUCCUCUAUUCUUGGUGGCUGCCAGAGUCAUCCCGCUGGCUCCUGCUGCACGGCAGGUCGCAGUUAGCCGUGGAGAACCUGCGGAAGGUGGCCGUCAUGAAUGGGAGAACACAGGAAGGGGAGAGGCUGACCAAAGAGGUGGUGAACUCCCACCUCCAGAGUGAGAUCGCAAGUGUGCGCACCUCCAACUCGGUCUUAGACCUCUUUCGAACCCCGGCCAUCCGGAAGGUCACUUGCUGUCUCAUGGUGGUCUGGUUCUCCAACUCCAUGGCUUACUACGGGCUGGCCAUGGACUUGCAGAAGUUUGGACUCAGUGUAUACCUGGUGCAGGUCCUGUUUGGGGUCAUAGACAUCCCGGCCAUGCUGGUGGCCACCACCACCAUGAUUUAUGUGGGCCGCCGGGCCACCGUGGCCUCCUUCCUCAUCCUGGCUGGGCUCAUGGUGAUCGUGAACAUGUUUGUGCCUGAAGAUACGCAGACCCUGCGCACAGCCCAGGCAGCACUAGGCAAAGGCUGCCUGGCCAGCUCGUUCAUCUGUUUGUACCUGUUCACUGGAGAGCUGUACCCCACAGAGAUCAGGCAGAUGGGGAUGGGCUUUGCCUCAGUCAGUGCCCGCUUUGGGGGUCUGGUUGCACCCCUAAUCACCACGCUUGGGGAGUUCAGUGCCAUCCUGCCCCCCAUGGGCUUUGGGGCCACUUCGAUCCUGGCUGGGCUGGCUGUCUGCUUCUUGGCUGAGACCCGCAACGCGCCCCUGCUGGAGACCAUCGAGGCCAUGGAGAGGAGAGUCAAAAGAGGUCUUUCCAAGAAGGAUGAAGAAGAGAAGAGGGAAGAAAUUUCUCUCCAGCAGCUAGGAGCUUCUCCCCUCAAAGAAACCAUCUAAGCUGCCAGAAGCCUGGUGCUGGCUCACAAUACCUCUUUGGGUGUCCAGACACCCCCACGGCUGUUCCUGACGCUGAUGGGGGUGAGGUAGGCCAAGGACCGCCAAGACUCUUCGAGUCCAUCCCAAAGAGCCAGCCACAAACCAGGGCUCUGGUUCCUGGAAAGAAACUGACCACCAGCAGCCAACUGGCAUCACAAAUGUGUAAAAAGUCAAGAGAGACCCUGUCCAGGUGCCAAACAUUGUGUCUUUGCAAGGUUAGGGUGGCUGACAUUUGUGCCCCUGGUUGUCCCUGGGACGGCCCCACCCAGCUUGUCCUUGCGAACUCACUCUGCUCCACUCCUUUGGCAUUUACUCUGUCUUGCCCGUAUAUGCAAUUAAACUCUCUUCUCCUAGUUUGUAUGACUUACCUUAUCGACUAGCAAAUGUGGGAUUUGCACGUGGCACAUGCUUAGUAAGUAGUUG